GCUACAAGAAAAAGCUGCUGAUACUAUUGAAGCACUCCAGAAAGCUGGAAUUAAAGUUUGGGUUCUGACAGGAGACAAAAUGGAGACUGCUGCAGCUACUUGCUAUGCUUGCAAACUCUUUCGGAGAAACACACAAAUACUUGAGCUAACCACAAAGAAAAUUGAAGAACAGAGUUUACAUGACGUGCUUUUUGACCUAAGCAAAACUGUCCUAAGACACAAUGGCAGCUUAACCAGGGAUACUUUCUCAGGACUUUCAACUGAUAUGCAAGAUUAUGGUUUAAUUAUUGAUGGAGCAGCAUUAUCAUUAAUAAUGAAACCAAGACAAGAUGGGAGCUCUGGUAACUACAGAGAGCUCUUUCUUGAAAUUUGCAGGAACUGCAGUGCAGUGUUAUGCUGUCGAAUGGCACCUCUGCAAAAAGCACAGAUUGUAAAAUUGAUUAAGUUAUCAAAGGAGCAUCCUAUCACAUUAGCAAUUGGUGAUGGAGCAAAUGAUGUCAGUAUGAUUCUAGAAGCACAUGUUGGUAUAGGAAUCAUUGGCAAAGAAGGUCGUCAAGCAGCAAGAAACAGUGACUAUGCAAUACCUAAAUUUAAACAUUUGAAAAAAAUGUUGCUUGUUCAUGGGCAUUUUUAUUAUGUUAGGAUAUCUGAACUUGUGCAAUACUUCUUUUAUAAGAAUGUCUGCUUCAUUUUUCCUCAGUUUUUAUAUCAGUUCUUCUGUGGGUUUUCACAACAGACUUUAUAUGAUACUGCGUAUCUAACACUGUACAAUAUCAGCUUCACUUCCCUUCCUAUCCUCUUGUACGGUCUCAUGGAACAACAUGUCAGUGCAGACACACUCAAGAGAGAGCCUUCCCUAUACAGAGAUGUUGCCAAGAAUGCUUUGCUGCGCUGGCGUGCAUUUAUUUAUUGGACAUUCCUAGGAGUGUUUGAUGCGAUGGUAUUUUUCUUUGGUGCCUAUUUCUUGUUUGACAACACAAUUGUGACCAGCAAUGGACAGCUAAUGACAACCAGCACUCACAUGAUGUUUGGAAACUGGACCUUUGGAACAGUGGUGUUUACUGUGCUUGUAUUCACGGUUACAUUGAAGCUUGCACUAGAUACACACUAUUGGACGUGGAUAAAUCACUUCAUGAUCUGGGGAUCACUGGCAUUCUACGUUAUCUUUUCUCUGCUCUGGGGAGGAAUUAUUUGGCCUUUUCUCAAUUAUCAGAGGAUGUAUUAUGUGUUCAUGCAAAUGAUGUCUAGCGGUCCUGCGUGGCUGGGUAUAAUUCUGCUCAUAACUGUCAGCCUUCUUCCAGAUGUUCUCAAGAAGGUCUUAUGCAGACAGUUGUGGCCUACAGCAACAGAAAGAAUCCAGAAUGCAUCGAGGCACUGUCGGGAGCACAUCUCAGAAUUCACACCUCUUGCCUGUCUGAAAAGUCCAAGAUACAGGAGCAAUGACUGCAGCAAUUCCUCAGCAAGAAGGUCUAAUCCUCAUUCUAAAAAAAUGAUGUUUACGCACUGGAAAGGGGUUGAUUAUUCAGUACUUCCAUCUGUCUUUGGCUAUUCAAAUAAGCAUUGCCGUUCCAGUGCAGGCUACCGCUACAGUGGGUCAGGUUUGGAAACGUCUGUAUGACAGAACACCAAGUCAAGCCUUUAAAAACUGUAUUUUUGUUUAUUUCUUUUUUCAGGAAACAAACAUGUCACAGAAAUAUACUAAACUAUGUGUGGCUUUUACUGUCUGAGGUAAUGUUCAGACAAACAGGAUCAAGAGCUAGAAGUAUGAACCCUUCCAGGCCAAUAGGUCUCUUUUUAUGUUUUGAACUACUGGAGCAAUGAACAAUCUGCACAGUCUGGCACUGUGAGACCGCUAGCACUAAAAAUUCUCGUCAUCCUAUGUCAAGACUUUAGUGCAUUUACUGCUUCUGUCAUCUUUAGUAAUUUUAUUUGUUACUUGAAGUAUAUAGUUUCAGUCAGUGACCUACAUUUUGAGAUCAACAGUUUUAAUUUUCAGCCAGAAGCAAUGACCUCAGUUAUCUCCAAUGAACGUUUCCUAAAGCAUAUUUAACAAGUGCUGUUUCUGAUUUUCCUCUGUCCUUUUUCUUUCUUUGCUCUUUCUGUAGAACAAGCUGGUGUUUCCUCUGUGCAGAUCUGCUUUCAAGAAACACUCUCUAAUGUUCACUUCCUUGUAAGUGGCCAAAUCAGGGCUAUGUCUGGUUUUCAGUUAGUUUUCCCCUGUAGAAAGACAGGCAAAACAAUCCUUGUGUAGAGUAUGUGUAUACCAUAUGAAGUCAAGUUGGCUGUUAAAUAGGUAAAUAUCAUCAAUAUUGAUAGCUACUCAAAAACUGAAUGUAAGCAUCUUGCCUAAAAGGUCUGUGUGAAUUAGUCAAAGAUGCAGAUUACCCAGUGUUCCCACUUUCUAUCCCCGUGA